AUGCAUCUCCAAACUCCCCUCACCCUCCUCUUAACCCUCCUCACACCUUUCAUCCUCGCCCAAGACCCCAACUCCGACUCUUCCGACUCUCCCGACUCUUCCGACUCUUCCGACUCCAACGCCAUAAUCUCGGCAGCAGCAAGCGACUACGCAGCCGCAACAUCCGCAAUCGCCUCUCUGUUCUCCACCGCAACCGGCGACGUCGAGAGUGUCUACGAUCAAGCAACAUCAGCAGUGGGAAGUAUAUUCUCGGACGCUACUUCUGGGGCAGGGAGUCUGUAUUCAGAGGCUAGUGCUGCAGUGAGCAGUUUUGGUGAAGACUUUACAAGUGGGAGUCAAGGUGCUGCUACUGUAAUAGCUACUGGGGUCUUGACUGCGAGUGCAGUUGCGACAGAGGCGAGUACACAGGUUAUGCCAACCACGACUGGUGCUGGGGCUGCGGCAUCGACUAGUGAGUCGGAGGGUAGACUGAGGAGGAGCCAGCAGAGGGCUGAUGGCAUCUUGUUCGCUGCCAUCUUUGCUGCUGUUGCGUAUCUGUAG